AUGCCUCCGGUACAUGAACGAGGCCGCCGCGCGCGGGCGCAGCAGCUUCACCGGCACGCUGAUCUGCGGCGACCUCCUGGUCGGCGCCAUGGCGCACUCGUGGAGGGCCUCACGUCGCUCUUGUUCCUCUGCGCCCGCGCCGACGAGUACGUCCGGCCGCCGCCCAGCCCGCUCGUUCUCCUCGCGCAUGACAAGCCGGCGUCACAUCCUCAGCAGGUACACAUCUCAGUCGUCGGGUCCGACGGCAUGCGCGUCUCGUGGGUGACCGACGACCGGAGCGCGCCGUCGGUGGUGGAGUACGGCACGUCUCCGGGGAAGUACACGGCGUCCGCGAUGGGCGACCACACCACGUACCGCUACUUCUUCUACAAGUCCGGCGCGAUCCACCACGUGACCAUCGGCCCACUUGAGCCAAGCACGACCUACUACUACCGGUGCGGGCGGUCCGGCGACGAGUUCAGCCUGCGGACGCCUCCGUCCACCCUGCCCAUCGAGUUCGUCGUCGUCGUCGACCUCGGCCAGACGGGGUGGACGGCGUCGACGCUGUCGCACAUCGGCAGCGCCGACUACGACAUGCUGCUCCUGCCAGGCGACCUGUCGUACGCGGACACGCAGCAGCCGCUGUGGGACUCGUGGGGCCGCCUCGUGCAGCCGCUGGCGAGCGCGCGGCCGUGGAUGGUGACGGAGGGCAACCACGAGACGAGGCGGAGGCCCUGCCGAUCCCCGUGGUGGAGGAGCUCGUCCCGCCGUUCGUCGCCUACAACACGCGGUGGCGGAUGCCGUACGACCACAGCGGGUCGGCGUCCAACCUCUACUACUCGUUCGACGCGGCGGGCGGCGCGGCGCACGUCGUCAUGCUGGGCUCGUACGCGGUGUUCGGGGAAGGGUCGGAGCAGCACCGGUGGCUGGAAAAGGGACCUGGCGCGCGUCGACCGCCGGCGCACGCCGUGGCUGCUGGUGCUGCUGCACGCGCCCUGGUACAACACGAACCAGGCGCACCAGGGCGAGGGCGAGCGGAUGCGCGCCGCCAGGGAGAGACUGCUCUAUGAGGCCCGCGUCGACGUCGUCUUCGCCGGACACGUCCACGCGUACGAGCGAUUUACGAGGAUCUACGACAACGAGGCCGACAGCCGGGGCCCGAUGUACAUCACCAUUGGCGACGGGGGCAACAGGGAAGGCCUUGCUCUCAAGUUCAUCAAGGACCACAAGUCGGCACACCUGUCGGAGUUUCGGGAGGCGAGCUUCGGGCACGUCCAGCUGAGGAUCGUCAACGAGACGAGCGCCGUGUGGACGUGGCACCGCAACGACGACACGUUCGCCACCGUUCGCGACGAGGUCUGGCUGGAGAGCUUGGCCGCUGCAAAUCCAGGCCUGGCACCACCCACCGGUCGUGACAUUGAUAUGAGCUCUAGAAUGCUGCAGGAUUAG